CACCGAGGGAAAGUAGAGAACUUUGAACUGCUGCAUUUCAUUUUGUUUCCUCCACCGGAGAGCCAGUACUCCGUCCACUGAAGAGUAGUCGCCAACUUCAACUUGCCGGCGACAGCGAACAGAUUCUCAACUUGGCUUGGAAAACAAAAGAGGAGGACAUGGCAGGGAGCUCGAAAAGGUUGAAGCAAAAAGGAAAAAUUAGGAGCCUUGAUGAAGAGGAUGACAGGGUGAGCGAUCUCCCCGAUGGCAUUCUGCAUCACGUUCUUUCGUUCCUUGAGACGAAAUUCAUGGUUCGGACCAGCCUGCUUUCGAAGAGGUGGAGGUCCUUGUGGAAAGACGUUCCUGCUCUCAAUUUCGGAGGACUCUCCUUCAAUAGCGAGUCGAAUUCCAGAGAAUACGUGAGCAAGGCUUUGUCUCUCCGAUCCGACUCUGCAGCUGUCUCUAGUGUUACCUUCGAGUUUGGAGAAACUGAGAGGGGAGAGCAGGUGGGUAUGACAGACCUAUUUGGUAGUGUCAUGAGAUAUGCUGCCUCACAUGGUAUGGGUGAACUUGGGUUGGGGUUCCUCCAGUUAUAUUGCUGGUUUUCAUGGAAUAGGCUGGAAUUCAGCGGAUUGGCUUCCUCCAUCACAGCUCACCGUCAUCAUGAAUCCCUAAAGACUCUGAAGUUGAAAAGAUGCAGACUGGACGGUGAGCUUGGGUUGGGGUUCAAACUCCUGUCAACUCUUGAAUUGAGUGACUCCUAUUUUUGCUUUCGUGAGUCUGCCUCUGGGAUGUCUCAUGAUCCUUUUGCUGAUCUCCCAUGUUUGAACUACCUAAAGCUCCUUCGUUGCUCAUCAUCAAAGUUCUUUUUCAAAGUAUCGGGACUUCAGCUGUUGGAUCUUGAAAUUCAAGAGCCGGGUGGUGGUCAGACAUUGGAUGUUUUUGCUCCAAAGCUCAAACAUUUUCUUUUCCAGGGCGCGGUAACUAAUCUAGGCAAGUUAGACCUUCCUUCCCUGGAUUGUGCGAAUAUCCGAGUUCGGUGGGAAGUUCCUCAUUGGUCCCAUCAGAAAAGAGUUAUGCAGAGGCAAAUGGAUGCAUAUAUCAAGUUGUUGCGUGAGUUGCAUAACGCGACAUCUCUCUGUCUGCGUUUUGACAAGCACCAAAGGAAGUGGAAAGAAGAUGAAUUUCCUUUCAACAGCAUGAAGUUGUUACUGGAGCCAGAAGCGUCUCCUUUUACAAGACUCAAGAUCUUGAGGGUGCAGUACCCACAAGACCCACCCAUCACACCUUAUCAGGUGAUCCGGUAUUUCUUCGAAGGGUCUCCUAAUAUCGAAGAAAAGUUCGUCAAGUUUGAGAGGAAGAUCAAAUGACCAAUAGAUUGCUGUAUUGUGUUUUGCGAAAACGAGUCCAUUUACUAGAGGUACUUGCUUCAUCUUUCUGCAGAUAUUAUGAAGUGAAUGUAUGGUCAUGGGGCAAUGCUCUCUGUAAGACUCACCCUAGAAUUUAACUAUCUUGUAGUUGAGCUAUUCUUUUUUGGUGAACAAAAAAUAUAAUGUCUCAAAAAUAUUUUCCUCUAAAAUACAU